UGCUAAACAAGCUUGGAUAAGUGGAAAUUAUGGACAAGUUAUGUUGAAAACAAACUUCACAUUAUUUGCCAAAUUUAUGGAUAUGUGGUAAUAUCAAGGUGACUACUUCAUCACCUCAACUUACUGGACAAUAUAACUCGGGUUUUGAAAAACAGCUAGUUUUGCUUAACAUAACUGUCAUCAAUGAUGGAAUGAGAAUCAUCUACUACUGAGCGGGAACGAAAUGAAAGGGUAAAAAUUAAAAAAAUUACCUACGUAUAUGUACAUCAAUGAAUAUAUGCCAGCCGAAGCAAUAACUAUCUGUAUGAAAAUAUAGUUUUAUAUAUAUAAUUAUUUGCAUUGUUAAGAGUCUAUGUCAGAAUGGCGGACACGAUGAUUAAACUUCAAGAUUCAAACACUAGACUGACAUGUUAAUAUACGUCAUUUGCGUCAGAAUAUAUAAAUUGAACCCUUGAAAACAUUUGCUGUCUUUAGUUUCUCCCAUAACACUCGUCAUCGAGAAAGCAAGAGCUAAAGACAAGAGCCAUGGAUAGCAUCAUGAGGCGAAGGGAUGAGGAGCUGAUGAGGAUGAGAAACCAAAGUGGAGGAGGGAUGGGUAACCAUGGUGAUAUGACAGACAUGUACCCAAACUCUUCGAGCAUGGAUAUGAGUGGGAUGAUGAUGAAGAGUUAUUUCUUUCUUGCAACUGAAGUCAGACAUUUAAUCGUAGAGAGAUGGACUGGGGAUCCAAUAAUAGAUUUCAUCAUUGUCAUCAUAGGGGCAGUAUUCCUUUCUUUCAUCUGGCAAGGAUUGGGACGUUUGAGCAGAGUCCUCCAUCAGAAAGCUUGCUACUACGCAAAACUCGAAGCUCAGCUGGUUAUGCGAGAAAAGCGCCAACGCAGGGACAGAAAACAUGACAGGACACCCGACGGACAGUCCAAGCGACCUGCGUAUCUUUACCAUAACGGCCACGUGUUUCACCAGUCCGCGGACUACAUGGAACUCCUGGAUGCGCAUCACGAAAGGCAACGGAAUCUUGACAGUAGCCUGGCUGCACAGGUACAACGUCAGCAACAACGAAAUGCAAGUUUAUUAGAGAGCAACAACAGUCCAAGCCACUUAGCGCUAGAGGAUGGCGAAGAGGAUGUAUUCCUUGAAUCUAAUGCUACCCAGAAUACAACAGUACUUUCAGACUUGAGUGGGGAUGUAAGGACGUUAACAGGGGACCGUGGAAGGUCAGAAUCCAGGGGAUCAAGACAUGAAAGAAAUCUUUCUAUUGAUAUGGACCCUAAUAGAUGGAACUCCCUUCAAAGGAAUAAGAAAGGUUAUAUUGGGAACCAUUCAAGAGGUGGACUCAAAUGCUAUAGGUUUCUAUACCACUGUGUGCAGUCAGUGAACCACACGCUCCGAUUUGCCAUGGCAUAUCUGCUCAUGCUGAUUGUCAUGACCUACAAUGCCUGGUUCCUCGUUGCAACCGUCGGGGGCUAUGUCUUAGGCUACUUUCUCUUCUCUGCUGAUCUCUUAACGGCUGCAGCUAGGACAGAGAGUGCAGCACUCACCAUGAGGAUGCGUAGACGACGCCUUGAGAACGUUCGCCCUCAGACCUUUUACAUCCAUUGAUUAUCAAGGAACUCUACCCUGAAGUGUUGUUAGAAACCGUGAUGUCAAUGGUCACAGCAUGGCAGAGAAUAUUUACAGAAGAACUCUGUGAAUAGAACACUACUAUCAGCAUGCUUGCUUGUACAUGUACAAUAUGAAUUUGGAAUUGUGAAAUAGUCAUUUAAAGGCAGAUUAUUUAUUGAAAAUGUAUACUGUAAUAAAAACUAUGCUCUAUUUUCUGCAAAUGUCAGAAGUUGAUAGAGAAAUAAAUUUAAAUAAUUAGAUUGAAAAAUGAAAUUUAAUGUUUCAAAAUGGAAAAUGUUAUGUCUUUGAUCUGAUUUCUUUCUUGACUUGAUUUUUCAUAUUGUAUGGUUACCAGGGUUCCAGUACUGUCUUUGAAAUCUAAACUGUACUACCAGUAUUGCCUUAUGCUGUAACUACCAU